UAUCAUACUGGCUGCAUACAGUAAUAUAUAUAUAAAAAAAUGGAUAGAUUUUUCAAAAAGUUUUAAACAGAGUUGGUAUUAAUAUAGUACACUGUUCAUUCAAAUUUGAAUAACUCAGAUUUGUUCAAAAUGGUAACUUGUUUUACCUGCUAGAGUUUGCUUUUACCAUGCUUGUGCUAUGGAUGCUCAAAUGAGCAUUAUACUGGCUAUAGGGGACAAAAAAACCACAGGAGCUUUGUAGUGAUGUUAUAGGUUGAUUCUCUGUCGUUGUCUGCAUUCUCGGGAGAUUUUAUUGAAUACCCAUAUUGCAAAUGAACAGUUUUGAGUCAUCCCUGUGCAAGAGAUGAAAACUUUUGGACAUAUUUCUCACUAAAUGCCAACUUGAUAGUCUGGCAUGUGUUACUCUUGUGAAAAUCAAAUCGGCAGUACUGACACGAGUCGUUCUGUAUUGGGUUGAGCAUCUGCAGUCCAUGGGCACUUGAUUUUCCCUCCAUUGGUGGAUUACUACGGUGGUUUGAUUCAAACCUUCAAGUUUGGUUUUAGAAGGGGCUGUAUACUGUUAUUUGAAUUUGUAGGGUACAGGGGAAUGGAUAUGGACGAGGAAAAUACUGGUUUGGAGAAGCAAAAUCACAACAGCAAACAACCUUCAACUGUUCGUCCAGGCAUAUUAUUGACAGAGCAAGAAAUCUCUACAAGUAUGGUAGUCAACAGCUCUCACAAUCUUAUAACUAGAACAGAGUGGGGAGAAAUAGAUACAACAGCACCUUUUGAGUCAGUUAAAGCUGCAGUUACUUUGUUUGGAGAGGGAGUCUUCGGAGACAAAGCUGAAGGAAAAAAGUUCAAACUUCCAGUUGUGGAGAGGCGCAUAGCCAAGGAAACAGAACUUCAUCAAAUGCAAAAGGAAUUGGACAAAUCCAAGGAGCAGUUGAAAAAUGCAGAAGCUACUAAGGUUCAAACCCUGCUUGAGCUGGAGGAGAUGAAAAAGGCUGUGAAAGAUCUAACUCAAAAGUUGGAGGUGGCUAAGGAGUUAAAAGAAAAGGCCAGCGAGGCCACUAAAAUAGCCAUGCUGCGCGCAGAGGAGCUAGGACCUGCAAAUACCAAUAUGUCAGAGGACAAUAAUACAGGUCGGCAAGAGGAGCUUUAUGCUACAAGGGACAAGCAUAUCACUAUAGUAACUGAGUUGGAUGCUGCUAAACAGGAACUGAGAAGGGUGAAACAAGAACUUGCAGCUUCCUUGGAAGCAAAAGCACUUGCAACUAAGCAGGCAGAAGAUGCAAUGAUCAAAGUUGAAACAAAUUCAACAAGGGUGGAUGAGCUUUCGAAAGAGAUUGCUGCAAGUAAUGAUUCUCUUGUCCUUGUUAAAUUGGCUUGCAUUGAAGCAGAAAAAGAACAUGCUAAUAUUCUGGCUGAAAAGGAGGCCAAAUACUGGAAAGAUGCAGCAGAUGUAGAACAGACUAGCAAGGAGUUGGAGGCUCUAAGGAAAGGACUUGCUGCUGCAAAAGAUUUAGAGAGAAAGCUGAGUACAACUGUAGUUGCUGUGGAAAAUGUACAAAAAGAGAUAAUUUUGGCAAAAGAAUCGCAGUCAAAGGUUGCUGAAGCAGCUUCUAAGGCUCAUGACAAACUGAAUAAGGUGAAGUCGGAAAUUGAAGAAAUAAAAAAUGUCACAUCUGUUGGAAGCACAUCUGUCGGAUCACUUUCUGUAGAGCUUGGGGAGGCAAAGGAAAACAUGCAGAAGGCAAUAAAGGAAGAGUUGGCCUUGAGAGUUUCCAUGGAUUCUGUAAGGAAUGAGCUGGAGCAGAUUAGAAAAGAAUUAGCAGAAACAAAACAGAAAGUGGUAGAUGCAGAAUCAGCAGCAGCAGAUCUGAAUGUUGAACUUCAUAAAUAUAGAUCAACAUUGGCAGUAGCUGCUCAAUCUGAAACAAAAGCAAAAGAAGCUACUUCUGAUCUUGAACUAGCUCUUCAACAACUUACUGCAGAAACUGAGAAUGCUAGAAAAGAGGCUGAAGCAAUGAAAGAGGAAGCAGAAAAGGCAAAAUUGGAAGCAGAACAGGCAAAGGCAGCUUUGAAUACAGCAGAAAGUAGAUACAAAGCAGCAUUGAAGGAAGCUGAUGCUGCCAAAGCUGCCGAAGAAAUAGCCCUUGGCAGGAUAAAAGCAUUAACUGAGAAAACAAUUGCUGCUCGUGCUUCUACAUCUGAAUCUGGUGGUGGGAUUACCAUCUCACAAGAGGAGUAUGAUUCCCUAAACCGGAAGGUUGUGGAAGCAGAUGAACUUGCUAAUAUGAAGGUUGCUGCUUCCUUAGCUCAAGUCAAUGCUAUAAAAGCAGCUGAGCAGGAAUUAUUGAUGAAACUAGAAGCCGCUAAUAGAGAGAUUGAAGAAACUAAAUCAGCAUCAGAGCAAGUUUUGCAUAAAGCAGAGAUGGCAGAAGCAGCCAAGAGAGCAGUUGAAGGUGAACUUAGAAAAUGGAGAGAACGAGAGCAACGUAAGAGGGCUGUGAUUUUAGCUGCUGCACAGGACUUUACAAACAAUGAGAAAAAUAAUAUUUCAAGGACAUUUACAGAAGAUAAAUCUGUGCAUUCUCAGCCUCUUGGUAAGGUGCUUAACAUCAAAAUUGCUUCUCCAGAAAAAGUUGAUAAUGUUCAUUCUAUUGAUAGAUCUUUUACUCUCAAGAAGAAGAAGCAACUGAUUCCAAAUAUUGGAGGUAUUUUUACCAAAAAGAAAAGUCAGAUGGAUGAUGAUACUCUACACUGAGUUAUGUGUUGAUGUUUCAAAUGGUUACACUGCAGAUGCAGUGUCUGCAGUUUUAAUUUGCCACAUCCUGUAAUUUUUUAUAGUUCAUAGUAUUAUGGUUGUAUUAAUAGAUAAAUUCUGUGACAUAUUGUACAAGAAACACGAUGAUCCUGUGAUCCUACAGACAGCUAUUAAGUAUAGCUACUACAUGGUGGAACCAAGCAACUGUAUUGUUGGGAUGUGUGGCAUGCCCAAUAACAUAUUGAUGACAAAAUGGUUGUUAUUGGUAAGAAACUGAAGAAAACUGAAAAAGAGAACCAUGAUAUACUGUGCUGCCUUCGUUGAUAAUGCUUCUUUGGGCUUCCGUUUGCCAAAAUAACUUGUUGAAGGCAUUAAGACCAUUUUAGUGCAUUGUGUGGUUAAGCUGUGGCUGGGCCUGAUUUGAUUUUGUGAUCUCUUGUUUAUGCUUAUCAUCUACCGAUCAACCAUGCUAGACUGAGAGUCAUGUUAUAAAUUUAUUUCCAAUAGAAAAUUUUCAGUGAGUGAGAAUGCUAGCAACUGUACUUGGACAAUUUUUUAUGAUAUAUAGGCUCACAAAGUCACAGGAUCAUGAAAAUGAAUUAUGUAAUUGAACAGUGUAAAGAUUGGCGACAUAUACUGCAUGAUUUUAUCAA